AUGGUGCAGUUCAUGGUCCCCGAGCAGCAGUGCUGUUGGAAGCUGAUGGCAGCAGGGCAGCAGGGCGCACGGGGGGGGGGGCAGGCAGGUGCUGCAGGUCCCCUCCCCCCACUGCCGCAUCCGCACCAGGGGGAUGGCAGAUCCCCUCCCCCCAACUGCUGCACCCACCAGGGGGGUGUGCUGUGCAUGGCGCGUGCAGAGGGCAGCAGGGUGCACGGGGCGCACAGGGUAGCAGGGCAGCAGGGCGCGCGGGGCGCACGGGGCUGCAGGGCGCGCGGGGCAGCAGGGCAGCAGGGCGCACGGGGCGCACAGGGCAGCAGGGCGCAGCAGGUGCUGCAGGUCCCCUCCCCCCACUGCCGCAUCCGCACCAGGGGGACGGCAGAUCCCCUCCCCCCCACUGCUGCACCCGCAGCAGGGGGAGGGAGAUAA